GUCGUCUCGCCCAUUGGUGUCAGGACGCCGGCUGGGACAUGGAGAAAUAUCAAAAAAUAGAAAAAUUGGGAGAGGGGACGUAUGGUAUUGUCUACAAAGCCCAGAAUAAAGAUACGGGGGAUAUAGUAGCUUUGAAGAGGAUCCGUCUCGAUAAUGAAGAAGAGGGUGUGCCAUGUACUGCGAUAAGAGAAAUAUCAUUAUUGAAAGAACUUAAACAUUCGAAUAUCGUCCGCCUAUAUGAUGUAAUACAUACGGAAAAGAAGCUGACCCUGGUGUUUGAAUAUCUCGAUUCCGACUUGAAGAAGUUUUUGGACGCUUACGGUGGUGAUAUCGAUGUGCCAACAUUGAAACAUCUGCUGUACCAGCUGUUGAAGGGAAUCGCAUUCUGUCACGAGCAUCGGGUAUUGCAUAGGGAUCUCAAGCCACAAAACCUUCUGAUCAAUAAAAAAUUGGAACUGAAGUUGGCUGACUUUGGCCUAGCCAGAGCUUUCGGAAUUCCAGUUCGAAGUUACUCGCAUGAGGUGGUAACACUCUGGUACAGAGCUCCGGACGUCCUCAUGGGUUCUCGUCAAUAUUCAACGUCAAUAGAUUUAUGGUCGGCCGGAUGCAUCAUGGCCGAAAUGGCUUCAGGUGGGUGCGAAGUGGGAAUUUGGACAAGUCUUUUGCGAGAUGUCUGGUUGAUUCUGCGGCAUGGUCAGGCCGCCCACUAUUUCCAGGGAGCUCGAUCAAGGAUCAAUUACUGCGUAUUUUUAAACUCCUGGGAACCCCUGAUGAAAAAAGCUGGCCGAAAGUGAAGGAAUUGCCGGAUUACAAGCCGGACUUCCCCAUCUACCCCCGAGCAUCUCUAGAAUCUAUAUCAAGUAAACUAGAUGCUCACGGUCUAGAUCUCCUUUCAAAAUUGAUUGAAUAUCAACCAGAAAAGCGCAUCAGUGCGGAGAGAGCUUUGCAGCAUCCAUACUUCAAUGGGAUAGCAGCAAAGGAUGGAGAAUAGCGUAGCAAAGAGAAGAUUCAUGUACAUAUCGACAUAAUUUCAAAUGUGGCUGGCAAUCGUGUUCUCAAAACGUACUCGCCAUUCAGCCGAUCGUUUUCGUCCCAUCGAAGCCACGCCAUCUCGAGAGUCGGUGCUGUCCGGAAGGCCAUGUGCCGAUUGACUUAUUUAGCUCCCAUUCCUGUGACACCGUUGUCACUAAGGUCCAGGAAACUCACCUAGCCCAGUGGCGACGUGUCUCUUGCCAAUCCGGUCACGGGCAAACUCGAGGGGAAUCUGGAUAAACCAUCGUUCGUCACACAAUGCAUAGAUGUCCGACCACGGCGGCGUCGCCGUAUGAAGAUAUAACCCUUCC